AUGACCUCCGGGCCAAUGCGCAAGCUUCCCACUACCAUCACCACCACCAAGUGCGCCGCUCCAGCAGCAUCGAGAUGGGCUUCCAUUUGUCCCAACCAAGCCCAGUUUCUUCGCAGGCACAGGUCGACGACCGCUUCUAGUGGCGGGUCUCUGCGCCAGGUGCUCCCCAAAAGACAUCUAGCACAGGUUAGGCCUGAGCCCAUAUCUGAAGUCUGGUUCACAUCCGCUUCUCCCAGAUUUGGCCCAGACGACGACUUACUUGGGUCUCCUGCGCCUGGCAACAGCAAUGACCACAAGCCGCCGGAUGAACGCUUGAUUAGGUUGGGAAAAACAUUGCGAAUAUUGUCGCCUCUCCUCCCGGACAUCCUUACCAAACCACUCCCGCCCGAGAUCCUGUCUCCCCAUAUCUCCCUUCACCUCUUCCCCUCGACCCAUCCUCAUCUACCCGCCGUCAAAGGGCGCGUUGCUUACCGCGCCUCUCUUUGGACUGCCCCAGUCGCCUGGGGCUGCGUGCCCAUCGUGGGCAAUGUAAAGCUGAGAAUCCUCUCGGAGAAGAUCGUGCGGACCGGGUUCUCAUACGCCACUCCUCCGCCGGAGGACGAGCAAGAUCUCAGCGAAGAAAAACUGGUGGUGAGAUGGAAGACGGAACCCAAGACGAACAGCCACGGCGACGGCGGUCAUGAGGCCACCGCCGCAUCGACCACGACCGAUUCCAACAUCAACCGCGGCUUGUCGAAACUGCUCGGCGGAGACACCCCCAUCUUCAACCUGAACAAAGGCGACGACUUUACAGGUCUCUUCAUCUUCACGUUCGACUCCAAGGGCAGGAUAGCGAGCCACACGAUCGAGCACGCCGAGCAGAGCAACGGCUUCGACAAGACGAGCAAGGUCGUCACCCUGACGGACUGGUUGUUGGGCAAGGCGAAAUGGGGGCGAAACAAGGAGGACGAACUCAUUCCCGGGUUGGCCAUGAGGGUGUGUCGGGACGAAUGGAAUCUCCGGAGGGGACUGCCUCCAAAUUCCUGA